UGGUCGGGUCCCGUCGGGUCUGGGUGGUGAAGGGGGCGACGGGACGGGGACGGGAUAGGACCGCGUUAAGUGCCGUGAUAAAGUUCGGUGAACCCUUUUUAUGUCGUAAACAUUAGCGAUCUGCGAGAACUGCCAUCGAAAGAAUCUUCUUGUCAUAUACCGCCCAGAAUACACGAAGACGACGAAACACCCUCAAACUAGGGAUCGGAACGAGCCAUCUACCUCACUGCGCCUCCCGCAUACUCUCUUCCUCACUGCCAUCAUGUGUAAACACGUUCUAAACGCUCAAGUCUCGAUCCGGUCACCAUGCUGCCGCAAAUGGUUCGACUGCCCCGAAUGCCACGCCGAGUCCGAGACGCACCCUCUUAAGAAGACGCUCGAGAUGACGUUUGUUUGCAAAAAGUGCAAAAAGGCCUUCCGCAAGGAUGCGACCGAGUUCGAGGAUGCCGACGAGUACUGCCCGCACUGCGACAACCACUACAUCCUCGAGGCCGUGACGCCCAAGGCCGCUCUCAGGGUCGAAGGCGAGGACGCGAGAAUGGACGCGCGCAUGUUGAAGGACGAGAGAGUCAAGCCUACUAAGCCGACCAUGAACCAGAUCUCGAUAUUUGACCCGGAUGCGGACGUUGAUAAGCUUGGUUGAGUGGUUGGUUGGGUAGUAGAAGUUGGUUGGGUAGUAGAAGUUGGUUGGGUAGUAGAAGUUGGUUGGG